AUGGCCAUAAGUGGCUUUAUGCCAGCAUGGAUGAAAAUUUCCAGUUCAGAUAAAUCAAAUGGUAAUCAGAAAUUGAAUAUCGAUCGAUCAAGUAAUAACAAUGAUAAACGUCAAUUACAAAAUGAAAUCAAUGCAUCGAUAUUAAAAGGACAAUAUCAAAAAAACUCCAAUGAACAACAAUCAUCAAUAGAUUUAGAUGAACAAUCAGAAAAUUUCUUUUCGUUUCAAUCUCGUCGUUCAUUUAGCCGAGAACGAUUAUUAAAUUCAUUUUCAAAAAAAGGUUCUGAAUUCAAUGCAAACGAUCAUUCAUAUACGUCAAAUAAUCGUUCAUUGUUAAAUUCAAACACAAAUCGUCAACGCCGUUUACAUUCCACAUCAACAUUGUCCUACAACAAUGGUCAUAUAUCAACAGACAAUCAUAAUAAUUUAACAAAUGGCAUUACUUUAGAACAUCUACCAAAUGGUAAACACGAAGGAAAGCAUUGCGAUCCAACAACAAAAACUGACGAAAAUAAAUUUGAUCAAAUUGAAAAAGAUUUUCCAUCGCUAAAUGGACGUGAUUCGUCACUAAAUAAUAAAGAACAAUCGUCAAUAUGGAAUAAUGCCUCGUCUAAAUUUCGCAUUUCAAAUCAUGGAAAAUUUUCUCAUUCAUUUGGAUCAGAUUGUCUUACAACACGACGUGACCAUUUAUUAAGCACACCAAAUAAUUUAAAUACAAAUACUCGAAAUAUGAUUCAUGAUUUACACACAAGUUAUAUAACACACACAAAAAAUUUAGAUAAACGUAAUUUUCUAAAUUCCUUAAAAAAUAAUUCCAAUAAUGAAAAUAAACAUCCUUUAAAUGAAACAUCUAAAACCAUUGGAAAUUUGAAACCAACAAAAGAUUCUUUAUCAUUAUCAACUGUACCUGAGACACCAGAGGAAAAAGAUUUAUUAAUACGUAUGGGCUGGAAUAAUGAUAUGGCCUAUGAAAUAACAGAUAAAGAUAAAGAAGAAUAUGAAAAACGGAUCAAAAUGUUACCAAAAAUAGAUAAUCGAUCGGCAACACUGAUAAAAGCGUUACAUCGUCGUUCAUUACCAUGUGUUAACAUUCGAGAUCUACUUCAACUUGAAACGAUUGGUUCAACAUCGGAUGAUGAUAGUUCAGAAGAAUAA